AUUACUUCCGCUUGUCAUAGGACACAAACAUGGCUGCCAUGUUGUGUCUCUGACGCUUGCGUCUCAAUGUUAAAUUUUGUUGCUAGUUAAACACUGCAAUACKUUCAAUUAUCAGGAACAGUUACUAACUAGGUCUUUACAGCUACCGACAUGUUCCAGGUCAUCGGCGGACGGAGCGUCCAGGCKGCCCGGCUCCUCGUGCCCAGGAGCUCCGUGCUCGUGGAGGCUGUCCGGGGCCGAAAGUCYCGCACCGACCCGGUGGCCAAGUCCAAAGAAGGACGGAUUAAAGUGCCUGUAUCCGUUGACCCGGUGGAGAUGGUGGUGCUCAAGGAGAGAUACUCGGAGUACAAGCUCAUCAUGAGGGCRCUUCGGAUGGAGUUCAAGGAGGGGGUGCUGCGCAAAAAGUACGAGGAGGAGAUGGGCUCCCAGGCUGAACUGAGGGCAAGGCAGGAAGAGGAGGAACAUCGCGCCCUGAUGGACUGGAAUAAUCAGGAAAACCUGCGGAUACUGAAGGCCAGAGUAUUAAGGAUCCAACAGGAAGAGGAGGAAGCUGAGAGGAAGAAAAUGGAAGCCGCCAUUCAGCGGGAACAGGAGCAACAGGAGUUCAUCAGGCAAAAAGAGGAAGAGAUUUUGAAGCUGCAGGAGGAGGCUAAGAACUUCGUCACAUUGGAGAACCUGGAUCAGCGAAUUGAGGAGGCGCUGGACAAUCCAAAGAAUUACAACUUUGCCAUCGACAAAGAGGGGAAAGUGGUCAAAAGGACAGCGMUGCAGUGAAACACCUAAGUUCACGUCUGUGUGUGUGUGUGUGUGUGUGUGUGUUUCCCUCCCCCGCCCAUUAAGACUUGGAUCAGACUUUUGUUGUCCAUUUCAAGCUUUCAAGUGUUCUGAAAGCCACUUCAUGCCUGCACCCGGAAGUGUAUAUUAUUGUAAAAAUGUUUUCUUUUUCAACAUAAAAGUAUAAAAACGUGAUAUGCAACAUACACAUCGGACUUUUAUUACAUCAGUUUUCUAAAUGUUAAGUAUGUUCUGUCAGAAAGAUAUUUGUAAAAUAAUUGACAUAUUCUUAUAGCUGUAUUAGGAAACAACUGCACAAAAUGCAAAGUUUUCUUUUUUUUCUAGCUUUGUCAGUUUUUUUGUCCCAUUUUAUAACUCGAAGAAAAUUAGUGAACAUCUUCAAGACAAAGAAACAGCAGACAUAGAGGAUCUUACAGACUGAACACUUUCUGAAUAAUCAUGAAAAACAGCGUAAGUUCUUAUAUUAAAAAAAAAAAAAGUUUUCUUGAAGUUUAGUUUGGCAAGGCAACCCAAACACUUCCUGCAGUUCUGCUGUUUGGACGCCAAGAGGCGCUCUACAACCUCAAACCAACACGGACCGGCUCAUGUUCGACAACUCACCUGCUAAUCUUCCAUCAGGCUAGGUUAGCAUGUUUAUGGGAUGAAGAUGAUCUGAGGUCACCCUCCAGAAAAUCAAUAACACCUUUAAUCCCAGGUAGUCAACGAGAACGGGACUAGAAACGCUUUCAUUUUGUGUUAUACAAAAUUAGACGAAUCUGAACUGGAUUAGAUUUACUUCUCUAAUUUACUUCUCUACAGCAGGUGGAUAAUAAGACCGCUGCUUCAUAUAUAUUGGUGUUAGUAAUCUGGUGUGAAGCUGUGCACACUGUUAAUGUGAUUGGUAAGAGAGGUUAAUUGGAUUGCCCCUCCGUGGUCACUGAAGACUAGGAUUAUCAGUGGAUUGGGAUGAACCCAUAAACACCAGAGGAAGACAGAGUCAGAACAUCACUCAUGUUUAAUCACAUUCUGAGAUCUGAAGAUGGGGUUAAAACAGGAAACUGAUUAUAUUAAAAAAGAAAAAUAAAUGCAGAAUUAUCAUUCAACUGAGCUUUAUUUGAUGCAACAGGUGUGGUUAUAUCAACAAUACAUACAACUUCAGGGUUUUUUCCUGCUAAUGCAGAGGAACGUCUGACUACGAGGCUGAGCUAAACCCAGCCUGGAACGACGCACGGCUUUGAACUGGAGGGAAAACUUGCUGAUAAACGCAUACUGGAAAUAAAUACAUUCACAAAAUAUUGCAGCAGUUCUAACAUACAAGAAGGCCAAAUUUGCAAAACCAAAACUGGGAUGGGAGACGGAAAACCUGGAUGUUUUUGUAAUUCAGGCUUUGCGUUAAAAUCACAAUUACUUAUCAAAUUGUAGCAAAAAUGCUUACUGGAGUAAAACAACAAUAGUUGUACAGUACAUACAGUUUGGUGAUAAAACUGCAUCUUGGUAAAUUUGUUCCCUUCCUGGGGUUUCAGUGCCUUGAAAAAGUAGUUCUACCAUUUCAUUUGUUUUUGUUGAAACCACAAACUCAACCAGAUUUCUGUAUUUUAGCUCCUUCCAUCUUUCUAGGGAGUGUAUCUCUGGGGUUUUGGUUGCUUAAGACAAACUAAAUAUGAGUUUAUUGGGUUCCAUGUUUGGACUCUGCAUACUAAAGGCAAAUAAAUCUGGUUAUACGUUUAAAACCAAAACAUUAAAGCUUCAUUCAGGCCUUGCAGCUAAAACAUUCAAUAGAGGACUGCACAUUGUGUCAAACAUCGACUGUAAAACUAUAAAAUCUGAAUUUGUAAAAAAAAAAAAAAAAAAA